AUGGUUUCUCCGCCUCAGAAUAUUGGGUUUCUCCAACAAAUCACUCACCAGACGAAAACUGUGGGCAAUUUUGCUGUCAUGAUGAAGUCUGGAUCACCCCUGAAGUCCCCUCUUGUAGAUGGAAUCAGGUAUCAGUUGCGAAUGUUAGGCUCAGUGACACCAGAACUACUGGAACUUGGUCAACCUUCAAUAUUUCCGGAUAACGCUAUGAGACUUGAACUGAAUUUACUGAAGAUAGUGUGUGACCAAAAUGGCUGUAUAUGGACUGGACGUUUGCAAGACUACCAGGAGAUUCAUGAAAAGUCUUGUCGGACAAGACAAUCCACCAUCCCCGAUGCCGAGCUCAGAGAGGGGUCGGACAGAGGCGCAGAGAGGCACGAACAAACAAUUUUCAUGAAAGAUGGUUUAAGACCGCCGGAUCUAAAGAAGCAAAUCCAUGUACCUGAAUGUUUUAGGAAAGAAGAGGAAAAGCUAUUGACGACUUUUAAACGAAUGACAGUCUCAGCAUCGGAAGAACUUGACAACAAGUUCGGUCUUUUGGAUUGGAAGAUUACAGACUUUUUUCGCAAACGUCAGGAUUCCAUUAGUGGUCGUCUCACCAGUCUUGACUCGCCCUCGUUCUACACCAGUCCCCGCGGGUACAAAAUGUGCUGUCGUAUCUUCUUGAAUGGUUCCGAAACUGGAAAGGGAACUCAUGUUAGCAUUUAUUUCGUACUAAUGCCCGGCCAGUUUGAUGAUCAGCUCGAUUGGCCAUUCGGUCAAAGCAUGUCCAUUUCGUUAGUUGACCAGAAGGACACAGAUCCGGCAGAUAUCACUAACAAGUUCAUACCCGACCCAUCAAUUUCCAAGCGGCCAAUGUCAGACAUGCAAGUCGUUGCAGGAGAUCCAAAAUUCGUGUCACUCCGCGAGUUAUAUGGCCACACAAAAACUACCUACGUCAAGGAUGACGUGAUGGUUAUACGGGCAACUGUAGAUUGA